CCCGCCUCCCUCGCUGCGCCUCCGGGUCGCCGCCUGCGCCCGGGAGCUCCGCCACCGCCCCGGAACCGGGAACCGGGAACCGGGAACCGGGCCGCCGUCAUGCUGAGCCGGCUCGGGGCGCUGCUGCAGGAGGCCGUGGGGGCGCGGGAGCCCAGCAUUGACUUGCUGGAGGCCUUCGUGGAACACUGGAAGGGCAUCACGAACUACUACAUCGAAAGCACAGAUGAAAACACCCCCGCCAAGAAAACAGAUAUUCCCUGGCGGCUAAAGCAGAUGCUGGAUAUCCUGGUGUACGAGGAGAAGCAGCAGGCAGCGGCUGGCGAGACGGGGCCUUGCCUGGAGUACCUGCUGCAGCACAAGAUCCUGGAGACCCUGUGCACACUGGGCAAGGCCGAGUACCCACCUGGCAUGCGGCAGCAGGUGCUCCAGUUCUUCAGCAAGGUUCUGGCCCAAGUGCAACACCCGCUCCUGCAUUACCUCAACGUCCACAGACCGGUGCAGAAACUUCUCCGACUUGGUGGGACAGUUCCUGGAUCCCUCACAGAAAAGGAGGAGGUGCAGUUCACCACAGUCCUCUGCUCCAAGAUCCAGCAGGACCCAGCCCUGCUCACCUAUAUCCUAGAAGGUAAAAAGACUAUUGGUAGGAAGGCAUCCAGAGAAGCCACCGCCUGUCUGAGAGAGGCAGCCAGUGUCAGGGACAAGGACCGCCCACACAGCAAGGCUCCGGACAGUGGUACCUGUGGGGCCUGGGCCUCAAACACCCAGCUGCCUGCUGAGACCCAGGAGCCAGAUGGAGCCAUUGGGGAGAGCAGCCUCAUUACCACCCUGAUUGGCUUGUGCAAGAGCAAGAAAGGUCGGGUGGCCCUGAAGGCCCGGGAGAACCUGCUGCUCCUGGUAACUGUGGCGUCCCAGGCGGCCACCACCUACCUGGUACAGAGCAGCCCUUGUUGUCCUGCCAUCGUCGAGCACCUCUGCCAGCUGUACCAGUCCCUGCCCAGCUCCCUGGACCCUGCAGACAUUGCUGCUUUAGAGGGCAUCAGCUGGAGGUUACCCAGCGCCCCAUCUGAUGAGGCUUCCUUCCCCGGCAAGGAGGCCUUGGCUGCCUUUUUGGGCUGGUUUGACUACUGUGACCACCUCAUCACAGAGGCACACACGGUGGUUUCGGAUGCCUUGGCAAAGGCUGUGGCUGAGAAGUUAUUUGUGGAAAUUCUGCAGCCCCAGCUCCUACACGUGUCUGAACAGAGCGUCCUGACCUCCACUGCCCUGCUCACAGUCAUGCUGCGCCAGCUCCGCUCCCCGGCGCUGUUGCGGGAGGCUGUGGCCUUCCUCCUGGGCAUGGACCAGCAGCCUGCAGCCCCUGAGGACAGCCCCCGCACCCUGUGUGCCCACCUCAUCAGGCACUGUGACCACCUCUCUGAUGAGAUCAGCAUCGCCACACUGCGGCUGUUUGAGGAGCUACUGCAGAAGCCCCAUGAGCAGAUUGUCCGGAGCCUGAUCCUGUGCUACCUGGAGGGCCGUCCUUACGUGGCCCGUGGCUCACCUGAGCCCGAAAGCUACGAGGAUACCCUAGACCUAGAGGAAGAUCCCUACUUCACCGACAGCUUCCUCGACUCUGGCUUUCAGCCCUCCGCAAAGCCUCCCCCGGCCCCUGCCACCAACCCUGAUGGCAAGACAGCAGUGACCGAGAUUGUCAACAGGGUCCUGUCUCUCAGUUUCCUCUGCCUCGUUCCUGAGGAAGCCAAGACAUCGGCCUUCCUGGAGGAGACAGGAUACGACACGUACGUCCACGAUGCUUAUGGACUGUUCCAGGAGUGCAGCUCCCGAGUGACACCCUGGGGCUGGCCACUGGCUCCCCCACCCCUGGACCCCCAUGAACCCGAACAGCCUUUCUUUGAGGGUCCCUUCCUCCAAAUGCUGUUUGACCGCAUGUCCCGGAUUUUAGAACAGCCAUACAGCCUGAACCUGCAGGUGACCUCAGUCCUGUCCCGGCUCGCCCUCUUCCCCCACCCCCUUAUCCACGAGUACCUCCUGGAUCCCUACACCAACUUGGCCCCUGGCUGCCGAAGCCUGUUCUCUGUGCUCGUCAGGGUGAUCGGGGACUUGAUGCAGAGAAUUCAGAGGGUUCCCCAGUUCCCAGGCAAACUGCUCCUGGUGCGCAGGCAGCUGAUGGGCCAAGUCCCCGGGGAGCAGCUGGACCACCAGACCUUCCUCCAGGGCGUGGUCGUCCUGGAGGAAUUCUGCAAGGAGCUGGCUGCCAUUGCUUUCGUCAAGUUCCCCCCACAGAGUCCUCACCUGCAUCUCUCCAAGCCUGGAGAAGGGCAUGUCUGAGUCAGGAGGGGAGACUCCCGUUCACGCCUCUGCCCAAGAGCUGCCCCCUGCCUGGCGGUGGUGCUGCCACUGUCCUGGAGUGGGGGGCUGGCCUUGGCUCCAUCUCCUCUAUAUCCCAGGGACUUCCACCUGUGUGGAGGUCUGGCCUUCCACUCUUGGGUUGACUCAAGACCACCUUGGCCUGUUGGCUGCACCAGACUGGAUUUCAAGGAGUGGGUCUCUGAGGUACCAGGAACCAAGGAGCCAAGGUGGUGGCUUCCUGGGCAGCAUGGUGUCCUUGGGGCCCUCUCUGGGGAGUUGGGUGACAGCCAGGUGAGCCCCCCGAGCCAGAGCCUCAUUUGCUCUGUGCCUGUCACCUGUGUCCAUGGGUCUUCUAUGGCCAGAGCCAAGACCUGAGACUCAAUUAUAGGGGCACAAUGGGGAGUAAGUCAGUGGCUCUGAGGCUGGUCAUGCCCCUAGGCCAGAGAGAUGGGGGCACGGCCCUGUCUCUGUCCCACUAGGUACCACAGAUACUGCUGACACUUGAUGUUUUUUCUCCUGCCUUCUCGGUUUAACCCUUGGGGAAGGGGCCAUGGAUGGCAGGGGAAGCCCCUCUUCCAGCUCACCCUCCUAGAGACUGUUGCAAAAUUCCAACAGCCUCGUGGCAAAUGCCCAAAGCAUGUUCCACAGCCAGGCGGGGGCAGCUGCUAAUGAGAAGCUUGAUGUAACUGCAGCCAGGGCAGGAGAGGGCCUGGGAAGCCGGGGGGCUGGAUGCCAGGCUCCAGCUCCAGCUGGUUUCUCGUUGGCGCCUUCUGAACCCGUCUCGGCAGGUCCACAGCACCUGGGCAGAGGGGCUCAGAGACCUGGGGAGGCCAGGCCUCACCCCAAGCAUUCGGCUGGGGUCCUCCACAGAAUACUGUUCCCAGCAGAGCCGGAAGGUCCGGGUCCAGGUGAGGCCAGGGUGCCCACCGGACCGCAGCCUGCCCCCACGUCCCUCCCCCACCCCCUCUCGACCCCAAGGCCUGGCAGGGUGGGGCUGGGGCACAGGCAGUCCUUUGCGGUGCCGUUCUCCCAGCGUGCCCUCUGCGGCUGGGGCUGCCACCCCACCCGGCCCAAAUCUGUCUCGACCUGCAGGAACACACAGGCGGCGCCAGGCAUUACCUCACAGCAAACUGCAGUUGCUGGCUUAACUCCUGGGCAAGGAGGAGCAGGCCAGAGCCCCUUUCGCUUCCUUUUCCUGCCCAUGCCGCUUCUAGAAGCCGGCCACAGGUUGCCAGGAGGUGACAUGAAAGCAGAGGAAACUCAGUGACCUCUACCUCUCCUGCGUUCCUCCAAGCUGGGGAGGAUUUACCUGCUGUUCCCGAGGACACCGUGCAAGUCCCUGCGUGUGCCCACGCAUGGGCAUUAGCAUGGAACGAGGCGGUGAACUGGGUCUGGACUCUUCGAUUCAGAAAGAACGUUCAAGCGUCCGGGAGUCAGACCCUCCCCUCCUCAAUGCACUUGGGCAUUCGCACAGUGUCUCCCCAGACAGCAUGGCAAUAAAUGGUGUGGUUGCGUGGUCA